AAGAUCAGCCAUAGUAUAGUGAGCCGUAUUCCGAGAAAAAAACAAACCAAAAACACCACCACAAAAAAUAGAGUAGCAAGCCAAGAUGCCGACAUGAAGAGACGGCACUUAAACCCUCACGUGGAGCGCCCGAGGGCUAGCUGAUCAGUGGAGAACGUCCCGCCUAUCCGCCGCCACGGCGUGCCAACCAUUCGGCGUGGGGCGCACGCCAUCAACCCCAAACUCUAACUCGGACCUAAUCCCUAAUCCCUUACUCUCAAAUCCCAAGAGCCACCCAAGCAUCCCCCCUCCACAAUCCCCAGAAUCCAGCUGCCGCGAACAACGCACCGCCAGCACGGCACACACAAGGGCAUGAAAGUUUACUCAGGAUCACCCCGAGUGGACCACGCGGACCUUUAUAUAAAGUGCGGACGGACUGGCGCGUCUCAGGCCGUCAAAUCUGUCGCUGCCGGUUAAUCUCGCCAUCCUAGCCCACCCCGCAAUAUAAUAGAUUGGAAACAUCACCGGGGUGUGUGCCUGUCCCCAAAACUUAAAUAUUUCCACCAGUGCCGCCGCGCCGCUGCCGGGCUGGGGGUGGGGGAUGAGGUCAGUGAGAUAUGAAGAGUAUCGGCGCUGCGGCGCGGUGGAGGGUUUGGCUCCGGCGAGGCGUCAGGGCGUGGGAUAUAUAAGAAGCUCCUAGGCUGGGGAGGUGUGAGGGUUGGAAGGAGAUCUCGAUCGUCGAUCGCACCGCAAUCCAUACCGCUCUCCAAGACCUUCAACAUGCGUUUCCAGACAACCUCCCUCGUGGCCGCCGCCUCCCUGGCCUCCACCGUCGCCGCCCACGGCUACGUCGAUAAACUCGUCAUCGGUGGGACUACCUACACCGGAUACCAGCCCUACUCGGACCCGUACUACCCAACCCCCCCGCCACGCAUCGUGCGCGCCGUCCCUGGCAACGGGCCCGUUCAGGACUUGACUAGCAUCGACAUCCAGUGCAAUGGGUAUUCGGAGGGCGGCGUCGUCGGGUCGAAGCCCGCGCCGCUCGUUGGCGGUCCGGUAGCUGCAGGAUCAGAAGUCAGCCUUAACUGGACGUUGUGGCCCGAUUCCCAUGUGGGACCGACGAUUACAUAUAUGGCGCUCUGCGACGGUGACUGCACGACCUGGCAGCCUGGGACUAAGGCCGUCUGGUUCAAGGUCGCAGAGAUGGGCAGAGUUGGAACCAGCAACGUCUGGGGAUCUACGCAACUCAUGACCGCGCCGUCGACCUACAAGUACACGAUCCCCAAAUGCCUCAAGGCGGGAUACUAUCUCGUGCGCCACGAGACGAUCGCCCUGCACUCUGCGUACGAGUACCCGGGAGCGCAGUGGUACCCUUCAUGCCACCAGAUCCAGGUUACCGGCUCGGGAACAAGCACUGGACCGAGCUCCAAGGUCUCCUUCCCCGGCGCAUACAAGGCGACUGACCCAGGAAUCGUAUACGAUUCGUACAAGGCGCAGACUUACACCAUUCCCGGCCCAGCUCUGUUCACUUGCUAAAUGGCUGCUGACGCUGAGGAUGGGAGAGUUGGCGAUGCGUGGGGGGAGGAGGCAGGAGGCUGGAAGCAGGACGGCUUUGGACAGGGAAAGGGGGAACUGUGAAUAUCUGGCUAUGAGGAGGUUGUACAUAGGACCGAGCUCUUUCCGUUCUUGAC